CAUUUAGUUUAAUAAUCGAUUUUUAAUUUAAAUCGAUACUUUAAAAAAUCUGAUUUAGUCUGUGCACUGAAACUGACAGCUGCCUGUCUAUUUCUCUAUGGAUCACUCGUUUCGUAUUUUUCGUUUCGUGCGUGUGCGUUUCGAGUGCUUUUCCUCCUAUCUUUUUGUUUUUUCGCCGACCACUGCUUUGUUUUACGGAUUUUGACCCUACAUGCAUUGCCUGAACGACCCCUGCUUUCAACCUGGACUCUGGAUCUUGCUUACACGUCUGACUUGGAAUGUUUACUUUGGACUUUACUACCGGCUUAAGAACUGGAUAUUGACGCUAUGGAUCGCUGUGUAAAUUGUGGAAUAGACACUAGUCGCUGCAAUGCACUAGGCAGACGAUCCCUAAACGAUGAGUCUACUCUGCAUGUGAUUCAACAAUGGCUUGCACCUCGGACUGUUAAUAAUAGUGACUAUGUUUGCCAAGCAUGCUGGGACUUGGCUUAAAGCCGAUAUAAUGAUGAAGAAAGACAACUUGGCCACCAUAAUGUUUGUCUUCGCUGUGGACGUCCUCUUGCUUCAGCACGAGUUACUUAUUUACUCCACACUAACUCCCAUCGAGAACUGAGAAUGUUAUACGAGAGUGGAUUACCUGUACCUCGAGCUGUGCCCGAAGCUGGUUGCAUAUGUCAUACAUGCUGGGUGGCUGCAGACAGAGCUGCUGUCCAUAUGAUCUCAGGACCAUCAACUUCAUCCCGAGGAAUACCCCCUGAAGAAAUACAGCCAGAGACACAACAUACAAUUACCGACUCUCGAAGUGGAAUGGAAGCAAUACUAAAACAUUAUUGUAACUGCAUUGUAGGUAGACAAACAGUAGGCUGCUGCGCCCAUAUCAUGUCGAUAAUAUGGUACCAAGACCAUUUAGUACCACCUGCCUGUGCAGGUUUCUUAGAACUGUUUCUUAGAUGAUAUUUUAAUUAUUAUAGAAGACGAAUAAAAUCAUUAAGUAAA